CCGCCUGCGGCGCCCACAGAGCCGGCCCGGAGCCCGAUUCCCCGGGAAGUUCGGUCAGCGCCCGGUCCCCGUUCUCCACACUUUCCUCCCUGCCGGUCGUCGGCGCUGUCUGGAGCGGCGGGGGAUGGCCCCGAGACGAGGCGGCGGCGCCCGGCGGGGCCGGCCGGGGGCGGGUGGGGAGGGAAGAGGAGCCCGGGACGGCCCCUCAGCCCUGCGCAGCGCCUCCGACCGUGGCCCGGCUCGGGGCUUUGCCCGCUCCGCAGCCGCCCCCGCCCACCCCAGGGACUCUGCCCGCGGGGCGGGGCUCUUCGCCCUCAGGUCUGGCACGUUGGUUUAUCCUGUGACUUCCAGAGAAGCUCCUGAAUUCCUGAAGAAGAAAAACUGUGUCAAGUGCCACAAAGAGAAUGGACUGACCCCCAAGAGAGCUCACCUGAGUUUUGAUGGGGGAGCAAAAGAGACUCCUCCGAACAUCCAAGAGCACAGCAUCCAAGAUACCGUGGCCAGGUUUAUAAAGAAAGAUGAAGUGCUGGUUGGGGAGGUCCUGGGUUUCACACAGGCAACACAUAUUGAAUUUAAGGAAUGCAGUACAAAGAGUAGCUUGUAAUACAUCAGAAAAAACUUUCCUAAAUACGUCUCUGCCUUUGCAAACACUGAGGGUGGAUAUUUAUUUUUUGGUGUGGAUGACAACAGUAAAGUCACUGGGACCCACAGUAAUGUGGAGAAAGUAGCUUUAGAACAAACAGUAGCUCAUGCCAUCAGCUCAAUGUGUGCCCAUCACUUCUGUGGCUCUGGGGCUGGCAUGCAGAUCCAGGUGCACAUCCUGGGUGUUUAUGACCAAGCAGGCUGUUCACAGGGCUAUGCCUGUGCCAUGCACAUUGAGUCAUCUGGCUGCACUGUGCUUGAUGGUGACCCUGAAUUCUGGAUGAUGCUGGGCACUAUCAGGGAGGAGAGUGUGGGGAGCUGGGCACUGACUAAAAGACUGAGCAGCCGGAAAUGGAUGGAGCUCAUGACAGCUGCAGACCCAGAUAAAUAA